GCUGAUACAAUAUCACAUGCUGGAUCACCGGAUUCUGGUAGUGAUAUGGAUGAGCUGAAUACAAAAGAUCUUGCACAACGGAUUUCUGCUGAACUUAAACGAUAUUCAAUUCCUCAAGCAAUCUUUGCACAACGUGUUUUAUGCAGGUCACAGGGAACGCUUUCGGAUUUGCUGAGGAAUCCAAAACCAUGGUCAAAGCUUAAGAGUGGUCGUGAAACAUUUAGACGUAUGGCAAAAUGGUUACAGGAGCCGGAAUUUCAACGAAUGUCCGCUUUACGUUUAGCUGUUCAGAAAUUCAAUUAA